CCCCACCUCGCCAUGGCUCGGAAGCCCAGCCCGCGGCUGCUGGCCUGGGCCCAGACUCCUUCUCAUCUGCAGUUCAACCCGUUCGUGCUGACAGGCUACCGGCCCUCCAGCAGCACGCUGGGCUGUGUCCUCAGCCUAUUCUACCUGCACAACGAGCUGGGCAACAUCUACAUCCACGGGCUGGCCCUGCUGGUCUUCCUGGUGCUGCUGCCCCUGACCAUCCCCUGGGGCCAGCUGGGCUGGGGCUGCUGGCUGGGUGGCACCCACUGCUUGGCUUGCCUGGCACCUCCUGCCGGUUCCGUCCUCUACCACCUCUUCAUGUGCCACCAAGGAGGCAGCCGCGUCUACACCCGCCUCCUGGCCCUCGAUAUGUGCGGGGUCUGGCUGGCCAACAGCCUCGGAGCCUUACCCAUGAUUCACUCCACCCUGACCUGCUGGCCUCGCCUGCGCCUGGUCAUCCUGCUGCUUUACACCUUGCUGUCCAUCAAAGCCGGUUGGCACGCCGUCACCGCUCGCUCAAAUAUGGCUCGGCUCCAGGCCUUCGGCUGGCAGGCCAUCACCCGCCUGCUGGUGUUCGGGAUCCGGGCUCUGGGAGUGGGUUCCGGAGCCCCCGGGGCCCUGCCUUGCUACCUUCGAAUGGAUGCCUUGGCGCUGCUGGGAGGACUGGUGAAUGUGGCCCGGCUGCCAGAGAGCUGGAAUCCUGGGGCUUUCGAUUACUGGUGUAACUCCCACCAGAUCAUGCAUGUGCUCAGUGUGAUUUCCAUCCUCCAGCUGCAUGCAGGGGUGGUUCCAGACCUGCUCUGGGCUGCUAACCAUAAUUAUACCUGUCCUGCAGCUUGAGCAGUUUGGUUUUUUUUUAACCACUUCAAAAACCAAGCCAGCCAAAAACCAAGCGGGAAAGAACAAGCCAGUCAAAAACCAAGCGAGAAAGAACCAACAAUUUAAGACACACGCCACCAAAACUCAAAACAAUCCCAAAUCUCAAACCACCGUUCCCCAAGCUCUCUUCAAAGCUAGUAAGUAGAAGUACCCCUUGUUCCCCUGGCUCUUCUCCCUCCUCUUUCCCAGGACUCUCUUGUUUGGGGGAGAUGUAGAAGUUCCCUCUUUGUUUUCCUGUGUUAAAUAAGAAUCUUCUGCUUGAGCACCAAGUAGGGUUUCCUGAGUUUUUCAAGUCCUUUCUUAAAGCUAUAGAAGGUUGUCCACCCCACCUUUGGAAAAUUCAGUUUCUCCUUCCCCCCACCCCAACAACUUCUUCCUGUCCAUCCUAUGCUUUUUCUAUAGUCGAUUAGCACAAGUAGCAUGGGAAGAAAAAGGGAAGCUUGACAGAGUCAGGACCUCUCCAGCUUAUAAUUUUGGCUCUGCUACCAAAUAGAAAUUUCCUUAUCUGAUUUAGUUGUUGGACUAGGCCUGCAACCUACAACUUUAGCCAUGUUCCACACACUUCUAGGACCAAACAGCUUCCCCCAUAUCCGACAGUCUCAGUGCGUUCCACCAGGGUGAGUGGGAAGCAGCCACUAAUAUAUCUGAGUACCACUAGGAAUAACCUCUUGGCAAGCAUUCUUAUAUUCCCUUGACCUCCAAUCUUCCUUCAACUCCCUUGUCUGCCCUUUUUCUCCUACUCACUACCUAUCUACUGAAGUUUUCUUCCUCUGCAUACUAGCACCUCACAUCUAAUUUUGAGCUAGACCCAUUCCAUUUCCCUCUAUCCCCAAAGAAAUGAAACCAAAAAGAAGGACAAAGACAAUUAAAAAAAAACAAUAACCCAGCCUGAUAUGGAUUGUGUAUUUAAGAAUACCAAGCAUCUAGGACAUCUGCUUGCAUGUGAUUGGGCCAGAACUUUCCCUCACAGGGAAAAUUUACCUUGUCCUAAGACUGUAACCAUGCACACACCAGGCCAGAAGACUUGUUCUCUGGCCCAAGAACUUGGUCUUUCCACCUCUUCACGAGAUUGUGAUCUGGUGGGCCUUAAAAUGCCCCAAAACAUUUCAAGCCUUUUGUCUGGACUAAAAUAACUCAGGUCUAAAAUUUUGUGCUUUUUGCAUGAAGAUUGUACUAAAGAUGUUAGAUCUUUUCUCUGGAAACCUUGCCAUUCCCAGCACAAAGAUGCUGUUUCCAUGAAGAGUGUUCCUGCAUGACAUCUUCUGACUACCAAAACAAGAUUGUGUCCGAUCUCUAGAAGCCAUCACUGAGAACCGAGGGCUACUUCAACAAAGAGAACAGGAAGAAAAGACAACAUGGGUGCAUUGAACCAGCUUAGCUUUUAAAUGCACAUCAACCGAUCCUCAAUCAAUGCAAAACAAUUAAGGAGCUAAGUGCCAGUGGUCAAUGUCAUCUGCCUUGAAGUAUUUCCAGCAGGGGGAAAUUAUCUAAUUUGUUCCAAUGUACCAUGACUUCUUCUGGCACCAAAACUUGGAAUGUUGGAAGAAAAGUGAGCUGACCUGGCAGAGCUGAGAUCUUGAGUCUGCAGAAAUGGACAGUGUAUCCAGCCAGAGAUAAUGUUUUCUCCAGAAUGCCCACGACUAAGCAGCAUCCUUCUGAUCACUAUGUAGCAAAACACCAGCACAUUAUAUCUCAUCUGAUCA